UCUUCUUCCUCCCUUCUCCUUUUCUUCUCCUCACCUCCCCACAGCCUCCUCCUCCCUUCCUCCCCACCUCUGAAUUCAUCGCUCCUCCUCCUUCGCUUCUGCAAUUCAGAAGCUUCGGAAUCAGAGGGGGGCAAAGGCGCCGCCUUUGGCUUGGUUUCUUUCUUUCUUGGGGUUGAUCUUGGGUGAGUUCUUUCUCGAGGAAAUUCGAGCAAAAACGAGGGAGGAUUCGAGUGAUUGUGUUCUUGGAUAGAUACAUGUUCUUGGGAGAGAGGCUUGUUUUCAUGUGUUUUCUUGGAGGAUUUGCUGUGUGAAGGAAAUCACCCUUUUUUCAUUUUCCAUUUUGUUGAUGAGCUGGGGCUGAUUUUUUGGAGGGUUGGCGUUAAAGACUCCGCCUUUGACUGUUCUUGGUGUGUGGAUUUUUUUUUACAGCUUUCUUGAAGCAAUUUGGUUGUCUCCUGGGAGUGUUGGUUGGUGGUUGGAUUCUUGUGUUUGUUUUGUUCGAGUAGUUGGGAGAGUGGCUUUAUGGGGAGAAUUUAGGUGCUUUUAUGAGGAAUUCAGGUCAAAUUAGGCGCCUUUGGUUCUUGAUUUCCCAGGAGGUUUUGAUUUGAUUUGGUUUUUCCUUUUGAAAUUUGGUGAGAGAGCUUCCUUCAAUCCUCUACUUGUUUUGAUGGUUGGAGGUGAUAGGGGACACAUUUGAUUCUCCUUUGUAGACAAACCACAAACUUAGAGUUGGAUUUGAUCCUUUCUUGGGAGGAUUUGGAGUGAAAUAGUCCAGUUUAGUAUUUGGGAGAAAAAUAUUUGGUCCUUCAGUGCUUUCUUUUGGAGAAUUAAGUCUGUUCAUCCAAGAAUUUGAGGGGGAAGAAGGCGGCACUUUCUACAGGAUUGGAAGUCGCUAAUGGCACAACCUGACAUUCCAGCAUUUGGGAACUGGGACACCACUGGCAACACACCAUACACACAGAAGUUUGAGAAUGCCCGCAAAAACAAGAAAGCGGGCAUUUCUUCCCAUCCCAACGAUCCAAGGAGGCACCCUGAACCUCCAUCCAAGUCACCUUUGCAUCCAGCAUACACACCUGAUGCUCAGGGGCAGAGUCCAAUGAAUCCACAGCAUGGAAGAAGGCAGGAAGCUGAUCCCCAUCGACGGCAUUCGCUUUCUCAGCAGCGAGAGGUAGGCGGUGGCAUCGGUAGCGCACCGAGAAGCCCAUACAGGAUGGUUCAUGGCUCCGCUUCACCAGCGCAGCCGAACAACCCAUCGAAGCCGAAGCACAGGUCAUCUGGAAUGCAGACUCCAGAGAGGAGGGCUUCAUCGGAGGGACAUGGCCAGCAUACUCCUAGGAGGAGCAGGGACAAGCAGGGUGGCCGAGGCUAUGAUGCACCUGAAGAUGAUGUAGCUGUUCCACCGUUUGGUGAGUGGGAUGAGGGUAAUGCAGCAUCAGGCGAAAAAUUUACUGGUAUCUUCAACAGGGUGAGGGAUGAUAAAUUAUCGCCAAACACUUCUACCAGGCAACCGGACACUAAUCGCAGCCAGGAAAACAAAGUGAAACAGACAUGCCCUUGCUGUAUACUUUGAGACAACGGGGGAUAAGAUCACAGAUAUUGCUGGAGAGGUUCCUUAGCUACUUGUUGAUCAGAUUGCUACAUUGUGAAUUUUCAAUUUUCAUCGAACUCUGUUCAUGUAUUGUUUUCCACGUUUAUUGUUGUCGGUGUGAGUAUGUAUCUGUAAUUGAAUUUUCCAGUCAUCUAGUUUCUAUGAUUAUUCGAAACAUAUAUAGGGUGCCGUUUGGCUCUGGGAAGCAUGGAGUGAGAAAUUUUCCUUGCUGAUAAUAAAAUGUUUCCAGAAUUGCUUCUGUGUC